GCAUUCCGGUUCCUUUAGCUUAGCUCAAUUUUGGAUUUUGGAGGGGCAAAGACGAAGUUAACAACAAAGAGGACGCGAUGUUGGAAAGCACAUUAAUCCAUCACUGUUAGGGUUUGCUCUCUUCUCAAUUCGCAUUUGCAAUCAUAAGAAGCGAAACCACGCCAAAAUAGCAAUUUCAAAACUUCGUGCACACUCAAUUCCAUAUUGGCGGCGACCCAUUUUGAUUGGGGCAUUGUUGGGGAACUAGGGUUUAAGCGAGCUUGUGUUUUGUUGAAGAAUCCGAGGUUAUGAUUUAUCUGUUGGCUCAGUGAUUGCGAGAAGAUUAUUAGGCAAAAUGACGGUACCCAAGCGAAGCUAUACUCGAAUUGACACUUUGGGCCUGAAAGCUCGGAUUGUUCGGAAGCUUGGUCAUCAGAGGGCUGAUAAGUACUUUUAUCAGCUUGGAAGAUUGUUGAGCAUAAAGAUAAGCAAGUCAGAGUUUGACAAGAUUUGCAUCAAGACAAUUGGGAAGGAAAAUGUUCCUCUUCACAAUCAACUCAUUAGAGCUAUUCUCAAGAAUGCUUGUCUGUCUAAAGUCCCACCUCUGAGAGGCUCUGCAAGAAUAGGGAGUGCCUUAAGUGUAAAAGAUUCAAAUGGGCAGCGGAGUAGCCCUAUGUUUGGGGACACAUAUCCUCCUUUGAUUCCAAGGAGUGGCUCUUUGGCUGCUCGAGACCGAAGGUUCAAGGGCCGCCAAAAUGCUUUGGGGCCACUGGGCAAACCCCAAAUUGGUCUCGCGUCUGAAGAGUUGAUCGAUAAGACACUGGAGCAGCAGAGUGCAACAGAACUGAAUUCCCUUGGCAGUAGACCUCCUAUUUCUGUUGAAGAAGGAGAAGAGGUUGAACAGGUGGCUGGAAGCCCCAGCAUUCAGAGUAGGAGCCCAGUUACAGCUCCACUUGGUAUAUCCAUGAACUUUGGUUGCAGUCGUAAACUUCAUUCUAAUGUAUCAUUAUGUAGCAAAUAUUAUCCAGAGACUUGUCACAGCAACGGAGAUCUCCCUGACACAAGAUCUUUAAGGAGUCGUUUGGAGCAAAAGUUGGAGAAGGAGGGUUUAACUGUGACAGUGGAUUGUGUAAAUCUAUUGAAUAAUGCCCUGGAUCUGUAUCUGAAGAGGUUGAUUGAAUCAUCUAUGGGUUUAGCUGGGUCAAGAUUUGGAAAUGAGCACCAAAGACAAUACAGACAGUCAGUAACCGGUUCAAAUGUAUUGCUACCUGGAAGAUAUAUACAAACACCAACAAGAUCUGCUAGUGCAUCUGUUUUAGAUUUUCGUCUGGCAAUGGAAUUAAAUCCACAAGUUCUUGGCCCAGAUUGGCCCAUACAACUUGAGAAUAUUUGCAUACGUGCUUCUGAAGAGUGAAGCACCUUUGUUAUUUGUAGAUCAGAAAUUUAGUAGUAGAUGAAAUCGAAAGGCAGUCGUUAGGGGCCCGCAUUUGUUGAAACUUUGGAACGUUCACCCGUUUAUUACUUCAGCUGACAUAAAUAUGGAUUUUGGUCAUAUUCUGAAGCUUUACAAUUUGCAAAAACCAAAUAAGCUCUAGCAUUUUAGAUAUAAAGAUUGAUGAUUGCUAGGGAGUGAGUCAUGUUAAUACAAAAUAUGUGAAGCUCUCUAGAUAGGAUAAGAAGUUCAUUUUUCCAUGAGGGUAACGCCAUUUUUCAAUGAUAUCCAGCUCUUAUUCUUGUUACUAUCUUCAUUUUUUCUUCUGUACUUGUUUUAGAUCUUCAUUUUUUUUCUUCUGUACUUGUUUUAGAUCAACUAAUUUCAUUGAAAUAAAACUCUGUUGCAUAC